UCCUGGGUCCCUGCGCGCGGGGCGUGGAUGGAUGCGGGCGCGCGCUUGUUUGCAUCGCUCCUCUUUAACGCCGCCGCCGAGUUCAGGAGCAGCAGCAUCACAAGGUCAGGAGGUCUGCUUCCAUUUUUUUUUUCCUUAGAGGUUAGAGAGCCAGCAUCACUCCAGGAUGCCAAGCCACAGACACAGCCACCCUCUGUACCCGCCCAGUGGGAGCAGGAGCAAACACCGGCACAGCGAAUUCAUGUCCAAUCCGGCCUUCUCCAACUAUCAGGGAGACAAGAUGCUUCACUUCUAUCGCUGGACUUCCCCACCAGGUGUAAUGAAGAUACUUUGCAUCAUCAUCAUCAUCCUGUGUGUGGCCAUCUUUGCCUGUGUGGCCUCCACCCUGGCUUGGGACUACGACAUGGGCAUCAUGGGAGGUGGAACCGGCAUGAUCCCGGGUAUAGGCGGAGGGAGCUACGGUUACGGUGGCGGAUCCAGUGGCGCCUUCGGUGGCGCCAGCUACAGCGGUGGUUACGGCAACUCCUACGCCGGUUCUGGUCUGGGCGGCUCUGGCUCAGGCUACGGCUAUGGUUACGGUGGAACACAAAUCGAUCCCAAGUCUGGCAAAGGUUUCAUCAUCGCCAUCGCUGCCAUUACCUUCAUAGCCAUGUUGAUCAUAUUUAUUCUGGUGAUCUCAAGGCAAAACGCCUCGCGUUCCUCAAAGUUCUACUUGGCCUCCAUCAUCAUAUGUGCCAUUUUAGCCUUUCUGAUGCUCAUUUCCACCAUCGUCUACCUGGUGUCUGUGAACCCAACAGCACAGUCCUCAGGAUCUUUGAUGUACAACCAGGUGCUCCAGUUAUGUGCACAAUACCAGACGCAAACCCAGGCCCAGGGCAUCUUCAUCAACCAGUACCUUUACCAUUACUGCGUGGUGGAGCCCCAAGAGGCCAUAGCGAUUGUCUUGGGCUUCCUGGUGGUUGUUGGCCUCAUCAUCGUACUGGUGUUUGCUGUCAAGACUCGCAAACUGAUCCAGCGAUGGGGCGAGGACCGGAUUCUCUGGGAGGAGGUGAAGGUUCUGAACCCCGGGCUCAGGAACAGUGUGGGGGAGUGGGUGACGAAUGUGUCGGGUCAUCCGGAGGUGUUGGAUAAUGACCCGAAUGACAGAGUCGGGGGUUCAAGAGAUUAUCUGGACAAACUUGAGUACAACAAGCCGCUCUACCUACCAGGAGACUCCGACAUAAGCAGCUACGUGGGAGGCCCCAAGCCCAAGAUGGAGUAUGAUGCUGGCUUUGAGUCUGGGGAUGAUUUGGAGGAAGAGGAUUUCAGUGUUCUGUUUCCAGCCAUUAUGGAUGAACACGAGCGUCUAAGCUACAAAAAGGAGUUUGACCGGGACCAUGUUGAGUACAAGGGCCUCCAAGCUGAGCUGGAAGGCAUAAACCAGGAUCUGGCCGACCUGCAAGGAGACCUGGACAGACACCCCGAGGGGAGCCCCAAGUACCUGGAUGCCCUGAAUGAAUACACACAACUUAAAAACUUCAAGAAGUCCCCAGAUUACCAGGUGAAGAAGAGGAGGUGUAAAUAUCUGAAAUCCAAACUGUCGCACAUCAAGACCAAGAUCAGUGAAUACGACCGCCGCCCUUAAACCUUCUACGGAUUUGUUUUUAUUUUAUUAAUACUUGUAUAAAGGAUUCCUUAUCCAGGUCAGACGCUGUUGGUCCCGACCAGGGGGGCUAAACGGUGGAUAGUUUUGUAUUUUUGCAUGAAGACUUUGUUUCUAAAUGAAAUUGCUGUGUAUACAUUUUUUUUGUAUUUAGCUUUUAAUCUGAAUUAACACAUUGAAAUAUUUUAUUGAUUGUAAUUAAAUCUUCCUCCUUGUAUCCUAUGUUAAAAGCAGGCCUCACUGUUUGCUGUAUGACGCAAACCUUUGGGGCUUGAGCCUGUUUGUUUUCAUUCAGUAUCGUGUCGUCUUUAGUUUUGAAGACGAGACGGAUUCUUUUGAUUUUUCUUUUUUUACAGUAUUUUCUUUAGAUGGUGAAGCAGAAACCUUUUGAAACAACAAGGACUUAAGUGAAACAUGGUUAAUAAUGAGUUAUCUCUGUGCUAUCCAAUGUUUUUCCUCCUGUAAUAAAUGUAAUUAAACACCAAGACC